AUGAAAAAGCCAGAAUACAAGACGUCUUUUAGACCAUGGAACUUACAGGCGCUUAAUGCAGCAAAGGCACGAUCAUGCGAGGGCGGGAGCAGCACAGUCACUACUCCAACGACCCCCAUUGCCGCCUUGAACAAGAACGAGCCACCUUCGCCAUUGACACCCACGCAUGAUCAAAGCAAAAACGAUCAUUGGACUUCUUCGACAAAGUCCGUGUCUGUCAAGACGGGUACUACGACGGGUCAACUACCACAACAGCAGCAACAAUACGUGGCGUCGGUACCUCCUGUCUCGCCCAAGAAAAGCCCGUCUUUGACAGGUCAACCAUCAUCCUCUCAGGGUUUGUUGUGGUCACCCAACGAUACCCCAUGGACAACAUCAACAACAGUGGAAGCAACCGCAGCAACUGACUCGGCCACGUCAUCUCCGGAGUCAUGGAAGUCAGCUACAGACGACUUGUGGAAUAACAACAGUUCGGCAGCAGAAGCAGUUCCAAUCAGUAAAGUUGAUACAGCCACCUCGUCCUCAUCGUUCUCCUUCAAUCAAUCAGAUUCAACGAUGCUCCCGACACCCGUGAAAAAGCAGCAAGCCGCAGAAGGAGUAGCAGCAUCCAUGUGGAAAUCACCGUCACCGCCAUCACGAAGAGGCACAAUGGACUCAACCGCGAGCAGUGGUCGCUGGGGCGCUGGUGUGCUGGUGGACGACUGGUCUCAAUUUCAGGCUGUCAUGAAGACCACGUCCAUCUCGGAAGCCAAUCCCACUCCUCCGGAAUCUGAGCUUUCCCCCUCCACCAGCACUGACUCCGUCCUUGUGACACCCUCGCUGCCGCCCGCACCAUCAUCAUCAUCAUCGUCGUCGUCGUCGUCUAAACCAUUUGUCCCCGUGUGUGAUCAAGCUUCAAAGUCUGCUCCAGCUGCUGCGCAGCAAAAGCAGCAACGACACAAUAUUGACAGCUGGGCGAGCUUUUCCGAAUCACUCAACACUGCUGCCGAAAAUGUGGAUUGGUCCAACAAAUCCAGUUUGACCGACAACAGUAGCAGCGAUAACUGCCUUACAUCGACAGACACCGGCACAUCUCCAAGCACUCUCCAACCCAAAGAGGACGAGCGCGUCACAUCGGAUGCACCUGUUGCGACUGAAUCGACUGCUGCAACUACCUCAUUAAAUAUCGAAUCAUUCAAUCACAACACAAGCGUUGACUGGUCAAAGUCAAAUGUCACUGACGUAAACGAGUCCAAUACAAGUGAUGACAAUGCACAAACGACAAUCGCCACCGAAUCAAAGGAGAUCGCCACGUCUCAACAUACCACCCCCAAGCCAGGUUCUAGCAGCACUACUAGCGUGGAUCAGUCAAAGCCAGAAACUGGAGCCGCGAUAUCAGAUGUUGCUGCAAAGGCCGCAGAACCUACAUUUGACUUUUCACCGGCCAUGUGGGAUGAGCCUUCGAGACCAGAUAGCCCAACAUCGUCAAACAAUGUCUCUAGCCUAGCAGCAGCAACAACGGGGGGAAAGCCCAGUAGCAGUAAUGACGACGACGACGACGACGACGAUGAAGAGUGGAUUACUAGUACCAUACCCUCUCAGAGAUACUCGCGGGAAGAGUUACUAUGCAUAAACACGGCGCUUGAGAGUGAAAUUGGAAACACUGCUGCAUACCGGAUCGACAAGCAAAUGCACAAUCCUAGUGCGCGGAGAGACAGCAACCAAGGAAAGCAAGGUAUUGUGCUCAUCCGCGGUGUUCGUCAGCCGCCAAAAGAUCAUUCUGGAGGAUUCUCACCCGGAAUACCCUCUGCCACUGCACGAGCCACCAUUACCGUAUACAGUGAACUCUAG